AUACAAUAUUAUCUUUACCGAAUGAAUAUCAUUUACAUGAAAUUGAAAAGAAGUAUUUUAUGUGUAUUUUUCAAAACUAAUUCUAAGCCUAAAUUGGUCGUUAUAUUAAUUUUUUAAUUGUUGCUCUCUUUUGAUUUAAUUUCUGUUUGAAUUAACACGGAAUGUGAUAAAUGCGAUGUUGCAUGCGGGGGAAAUUGUAUACGCCCUCUGCGGAAUGUUCAUUCGACUACACAGAAGUGGGCGGAGCAAGGAUUUAAGAGGCCAACCCACCAUUUGAAAGAGAUAAUAGUACUGCUGCAUUUUUGUGAUUGAAGAAAUUCGGAUAAGUGUCUACAUAGUUUUUCAGUUGGAGCCUUUUCAGAUUUGUCGCAUACAUUAAGAUCAAACUGAAUAAAUUCAGGUGGAUGAGGAGACAGGGAAAAUUUCUACGGGACAGAUGGUGAUAACAAAGAUGGUGGAACAUACUUUACGAAAAUCUUCGGGCUUUACAAUUGAUUCUUUAAUAGGAAAAGACUCUGAAAAAGCAGAGAUUUCUUCAUGUGGCAGAAAUUUUGAGGAAUAUGUGCAGACCAAUAAUAGCGACAGUUCAAGGUCUCGACCACAGGAAAGACCAGAAAAUCCAGAACGACCUCGGAGAGAGCCCGCUGUUCACGACUCUACACGACAGUUUCCAGAUUUCGCUAUAGCACGGAGGGACAGGGAGUUGUAUCUUGCGUCACAUCAGCACAGUGCCUCAGAAUCAUUAAAACAUUUACAUGACGUUCUUUCUCAAACCGCUGGGGCCACGGGAACAUAUUUCGCCCCUCGAGUGUGUCGUCAUCCUAUUUCACCCUUUAACCUACAUUCUGUGUACCCUGGUCAGUUACCGGCCUCCGCCCCUCUUCAUCCCCUGAUGUUGAACCCCUCCACCUCCCGAGAUAUCAGACAUCUUCAUCCUUGGAUAUCAGAGCGGUACUCCGGAUAUUACUACCCCAGAUACCCAGCCGCGCCAGGAUUUUUAUUCCAACCGUACAGAAAACCCAAACGAAUACGAACUGCAUUUUCACCUUCACAACUUCUUCAACUGGAGAAGGCAUUUGAAAAGAGCCAUUAUGUAGUUGGGCAAGAGAGAAAAGAUCUGGCCUCAGAACUUCAACUGACAGAGACACAGGUGAAAGUGUGGUUCCAGAACAGAAGAACUAAACAUAAACGGAUAAAAUCGGAAGAUGGGGAAGAACUAAACAGCACCGACAGAGGUUCCUCUAAAGAUAUGGACAGUGACAUAGACAAGAAUGACAGCGACAUCAGUGACAUUGAGGACAUAGGUGAUGACGGCAUGGGUCAUCCCCAUGGCAACGAAGUUCACCAUCCACCAGCUCCUGUGGCCGCUCAUUUAUUGCUGCAGUAGAUAAUCGAUAUCCUGGAAGUUCGAUGUGGAAAAUUUGUAAAACGGGUUUUGAUAAUUUUAAUGAGGACGAAAACUGUUGUAGAAUGUUAUACAUGUAUAAAGAAUUCCUAAUUUUCUUGUUGUAUGUCAGCUACAUGUCUCCAAUGUGCCACACUUGUUGUGAUACAUAUAUAUAUAUAUAUAUAUAUAUAUAUAUAUAUAUAUAUAUAUUUGUGAAAUUUAAUACAAAAUCCAACACGCUUUGUACAAGUGCUCAUUAUUUAUUGAAUGAAUAAUUGGU